AUGGCGGAGACCGCAGUCAUGACAAGCGGUCCUAUCGCCGAGGACAAUAUCAUCAACCGCCGCGGCGGUGAGUCGAUCUAUCAAAGCUGCGUCAAUCUCAAAAAGCGCCUCGCAGAACUCCCGACAUUCGAAUCGCAUUUACGAGAGAUGGAUGAAGAGGAUCUCGCCCAAGGAAACACCGACCCUGUGGCGUCGCUAUGGAAUUGCCUCCGGGAAGGAUACCCCUUGUUGACCAUCUACAACGCCUCAAGCCCUGAAGAGGUCCUCGAGGUCGAUCCUGAAAAGGUCCCCGAAGCAAAACGUCCCAAGGCUGCCACCUUCAAAUUCCUACAGGCAUCUCUGAAAGAGUUGGGCUUUCCUCAACAAGACUGCUUCCUUAUCACCGACUUGUAUGGCGAGAGUACAACUGGUUUUAUCAAAGUGAUCAAAAUGGUGAACCGUGUGUUGGACAUUCUAGAAAUGCAGGGUCAGCUGAAACGAACGUCCGAUGUCUCAUCCCGCGCCCCGGAAAAAGGAACUGUGAAACUUACCAAGAGGGAGCACAUUCUUAAGGAGUUGUUGGAGACGGAGCGCGACUAUGUUCACCAUCUUCAAAAUCUACAAGCUCUGAAGAAAGAGUUAGAGGAGACAGGGGCUCUUACCGGCGACCCUAGCCAUCAGAUCUUUUUGAAUUUGAACAAUCUCCUUGAUUUCGCCCAACGAUUCUUAAUUCGGAUUGAGCAACAUUAUGCCUUGCCGGAGGAGAGGCAAAACUGGGGCGAGUUGUUUAUCCAACACGAGGAUGCUUUCCGGCAGUAUGAACCGUUUAUCGCGAACCAAAUGCGUUGCGACGAAGUCUGCCUGAAGGAAUGGGACAGAAUCCAUACAGCUCCGAGGACUGUUGACUUGAAGCAGAUGGUGGCCCAACCCUCAACACUCAAUGGGUUCUUUGUGAAGCCUUUCCAGCGGCUCACUAAAUAUCCUUUGAUGCUUUCCGAACUUCGUAAGCAGACUGAAAACCCCGAGUUGCAGACGGACAUUACCCGUGCCAUCGACUCCAUUCAGUCUGUCCUUGAUUCCGCAAACGAUGCUAUUGACAAAGAACACCUGGCUUCGGCAUUCACAGAGCUAGACGAACGAGUAGACGAUUGGAAGUCGCUUAAAAUAGAAUCGUUUGGUGACUUGCUUCGUUUCGGUACAUUCACUGUUUUGAAGGGAGACAAUGGCAAGGAUUCAGAAAGAGAGUAUCACAUCUACCUUUUCGAACGCAUCCUUCUUUGCUGCAAGGAUAUCAAUCCGAACAAACAGAAAACGAAAUUGAUGGUCGGUAAAGAUAAGCCAUCUGCUACUGUGAAAGGAAAACCACGCUUGCAGCUCAAGGGUCGCAUUUACAUGGCAAACGUGACGGAUAUAGCUUGCUAUCAGAAACCAGGUUCUUAUCGUAUUCAAAUCUUUUGGAAAGGUGAUCCAGGCGUAGUGGACAACUUUAUCAUACGCUACCAAAAUGAAGACGCCAUGCGCAAAUGGUACAGGGACAUUGAUAAUCAACGUGCAAUUCAAGCAGAACACCGCAGCGCACGGAAUACCGGUACAUCUGAGACAGAAUUUACGUACAUGAGGAAUAUGGCGAACAUGCCCAAUCCGUACCUUGAACAUGAUGCCGAUGAACAGGCAACUAAGGAGGCUGGCUUCUUCUCCGAAUUUCCUAUGAGUCGGAAUGCAUCUAGCACUAGUCUCCGGACGCGAUCCGCAACCGGUGGUAGUGGUGGUUCUGGCCCGCCCCUGUCAAACAAGUUUCGCUUCCCUAUGCCAGACCCGAACCUUUCUGUGCAUACACAGUUCCCUGGUGGUAGUAUGUCGCCAGCCGAGCGAAACACUAACUCUUACUUUUCGCCUGUUGCCGAAACCCCAUCCACAAGGUCAAGCUCGCAGUCUACUGCUGGUUAUUCGUACGGCCGUCAGCCGACUCCAGGUAGUACAUGGAACGAAGAGCCCAAUCGGUAUACCGCUCCUGCAUUAUCUCGUGGCGUUUCUAGAGAUGGCUCGAACUCGAAUCCCUACUUCAGCGGUGCACCCAAUGGGCGAGGCGCUCAGCGCCCUUCACUACCUCCUAUGUCUGGCACUUCUAAUGGCAUGGCACAGCGGAUGCGUUCUGCGAGUAGCCCGGAUAUACAUCACCACAACCCUGAAUCGCGUCGGUACAUGGGCGCACACACAAUGCAGACGGUUGACAACGUUCCCGUUCCACCGAUCCCUGCUCAUAUGGCUAGCAUGAAGCGCCUGUUAAUAGAAGUCAAGCCAAUUCACCAACCAAUACCACGCUGCCUAGCCGAAAUGGAAAUGUUCCCAAUGGACAACCCACGCAUUUCCAUGAGCCCCAAGGAGGAAUCUCUCAUGCCGACCCAACUUAAAGCGAAGGUUAAUUUCGAUGAUAACUACGUUACUCUAGUGAUUGCCAGCAACAUCAUGUUCCGUUCCCUCACAGACCGAGUGGAUGCGAAAUUGGCCCGGUUUACCAAUCGAUCCAUAGGUAGCAAGUCGGUCAGGUUACGUUACCGCGAUGAGGAUGGAGAUUUCGUCACCAUUGACAGCGACGAGGCCGUCCAAUUGGCGUUUAUGGAAUGGCGGGAGCAACACCGUGACAUGCUUUCCAGAGGCCAAGUUGGAGAGAUUCAACUCUAUUGCCAAGCAGUCGAGAACUAA